AGUGUCAUUUUGCCCCCACGAACUACCCCUUCGACCAAAAUAGAGCAUCCAACUACCAAUUUGACACCGUUUGCCCCCUUCCGUCAGUCAGACCCGUUAUGUCCGACGGUCAACUGCUCACGUGCAUGUCAAGUGCCGUCUACCCCAUUUUUAUUCCGAAAAUGCCCUCCGGUACAGUAGAUUAAAGCUUAUGAAAAGAAAAAAAGAAAAACAAAACAAAACAAUUCAAACUAAGCAACAGAAGCUUCUUUCACGUCAUUUUCUUUGGUGUUCCACUUCAACUUCAAAGCAGUAGCCCGCUGAAAGAGUCGUCCUUGAAGAGCUUCAAUGUCUUGUUCAUGGAAGAGCGAAGCAACAUCCGGAGAGCCCAUCUGCCGGUGUGGAGUACCUGCACCUUUGAAGACUUCCUUUACCGAUGAAAAUUUCGGCCGCUUGUUCUACGGUUGUGUGAACUAUGAGGUUGGUCGGUCUUGCGGAUUCUUCCAAUGGAAAGAUUCUGAAAUGUGUGAACAUGCUAGACGAGCAUUGACUCGUGUGCAACACAGGCACGCUAUGCUGAACAAGGAAGUUGUAGAAUUGAAGGCCAAGCUAGAGAUCAAAGCAAUUCGAUAUGACAUGCAAGUGAAAAUUGCAAAGACAAAUAGCCGAAUUUUGGCAUUUUCUUGGGUUUUUUUUGUUGUCUUCUUAGCUGUGUUUUGGGGCAACUUGUAUGGUGUCAGUCAAGGACAUAUGUCCUACAAACAGCUACCUUGAAAAAUUGUAAUGACUAAUAUGUUUGUAAUGAUUAGUGUAUUUGUAACUUUGAAAC